AUGUUAUCGAUGGAAAUAAACGAAGAAGCUCAAGCGAAACAAGCCAUUGGAUAUGAUUAUGAUACAAUGAUUCGUCAAACAAAUGAACAUUCUUAUAUAGUUUCUUUUGAUAAAUUACAUCAAGAAACAACAUAUCACUUAGAAAAAUCAACAUUAACAGAUAUUCAUACAGAUUUUAUUCGUAAUAAAGAAAAUCUUCUUACUAACGAAGGUUUUAUUCAUAUAAAAGAAUAUACUAUCGAUAGUAAUCAAUGUCGAUGUCAUGAACAUAAUGAUUUAUUACACGAUGAACAAUUUGAUAAUAUUAAACAUUUAUCCGAUUAUAAACUGGAAGUUUAG